AUGGGCGACGAGGCCCAACCCCCACAAGUGAGUGGGCCGUACCAGUUGCGGUCAAGAAAAGGGUCGGUGGCUGUGAUGCAGCCACAACCCAUCGAGCGCCCGGCCACACCGAUGAUGGAUGUGUGCUAUUCAAGCGACGACGACGAGCUGAAUAGCACCAUCAUCGCGAUGCCGGAACCCGCGUCGGAGUGUGAGGCAGCGGAGGCGGCCAUGGACCUGGAGCCACCAGCAGCAGCACAGCCAACACCAACGGCAUCCCCUGUCCCGGGCAACGCGGUAGUUGCUGGGCCCAUCGACGCGGGAAGUUGUGCCCUGCUGAUGGCACAGCUUCAAAGCAUCGGCGCCCAGCUAACGACGGCGCUGGAGGAGCUGCGACUUUGCCGCGAGGAAAACGCGGCACUCCGCCGCGAGAACGAGCUGCUGCUCACGGGCACUCGUUCGGUGCUUGAGCUGCAGACUGCAGCGAACGCAACCCUCCAGCAGUCGUCGGGGCAAGGCGGUAACCGGGAAACGAGCAGCAGCAGCAGCAGCAGCAGCAGCAGCGCAGCAGCAGCAGCAGCAGCAGCAGCAGCAGCAGCAGCAGCAGCAGCAGCAGCAGCAGCAACUGCAGCAGCAACAGCAGCAGCUGCAACAACAACAGCAGCAGCAGCAACCGCAGCAGCAGCUUUGGACAACGGUGGUAAGAGGCCACCCGUCCCAGCGGCAACGCCAACCGCAGCCAGCAGCAGCAGCAGCAGCAGCAGCAGCAGCAGCAACAGCAGCAGCAGCAAGGUGAGCGCUAUGUCCCACCACAGCUCCGGCAGCAGCGACAGCAGCAGCAGCGCUCGCAGCACCAGCAGCAACAGCCGCAGCAGCCGCAGCAGCAGCAACAGCGUUCAGGACUGA